AUGGCGAGGGUGGAGGUACGGUCGGAGAACGUGCUGCUGGUCAAGAACUCAGCCUUCAAGUGGACCAUCACCUGGCUCUUCUGCUUCCUCCUUCUCUUUGUUCCUGCCAUCUUCUUCCUUGCCGCCGCCAACCAGCCGGUCGACAGCUCGAGCGUGCGAAUCCCGACAUGGAUCGGGGCGGUGCUCCUGACCUUCGCCUUGAUGUCCUUCCUGGUGCUCCUGCCUUUCACGAUCGUGACGAACACGAGGAUGGACAAGAACUUGGACUCGUUCAGGCAGGAGCAUCAGCUUCUCAACUGCAUCCCCUGCGUCUGCUACUCCUCCAGCGAGUUCGCCCUCUCAGAAAUCGUGAGCAUCCGGGUCGAGAGCUUCCAAGACAACUUUGUCGGAGAGGGCGAGGACUCUCAGGACAGAGCACAGUUCUCCUUCGGUGAGGGCGAGGACGAAUACUUCGAGUCCAGGUACGGGAUGAAAUCGCGAUCGCAAGUCGUCGUCUACUUCCAGCAGGACUCGCGCCCGGUCACUACCUUCACAUCCGGCACCCCGUCAUGCCUGCAGGUCAGGUCGAGCAGGAUGACAGCUCAUGACAUCAAGACCCAGCUGGACAGGUUCCUGGGGCUCGAGGUGAACGUGCUGGAGAUCAAAGACGGCAGUCAGCAUCCCGACGAUGUCUCGCACGAUUCGCUUCCCAACGACCUCGAGAGCUUUCCCCGUCAUUCGCCUCUUGUCGGCGACGAGGAUGCAGGUCAAGUCUCCUACCUACAUGCUGGCGUCGGGCAGCUGGACACGCCGAUGGGGGGGAUGGAGGUCAUGGAAGUGCCGGCAUACGUGAGGCCGCGGAGGAGGGUGGAGGGGCUCGCUGGUCCCGAGGGCGCGGGGAGAGGAACGGUGCAAGAGAGGAUGGCGUACAUGGAAGCAGACACGACAACAUCCCUACCCCGAGGGUCCCGCAAGGUCGAAGAGCUCCAAGUGGCGCACGAGCUGAACCUGCCGGAGUCUCCCGUCGAGGUGCAACGAGCGUAUCCCAAGAAGAAGAAACAUGAGAGCGACGAGGAGCGGAGGCUCCGGAAGGCUCUGAAGAAGCAGGCGCUCAAGGACGAGACUCCUGAGCAGCGCGAGGCGAGGAAGGAGCUCAAGAAGUCGAGGAAGAACAGAGCCGACGCUGGUAGCGUCGCUGCGGGAGGUCAGGACGCGCUGGAAAGCCUCGAGGGUUUUGAGCAUGACGGGGAAGGCAGAGGAGGAGGGAGCGGCAAUGAGGCGGAGAGCUCUGACGAUUGA